AUGACCAUGGAUGACGAGGCGGUGAUUAUCACCCCCUGGUCGGAGUACCUCAUCACCGCCAAACAUAUCAAUGACUGCUCCCUCCAGCCUCACUCACUUCCGCCGUACAUCGCCUGGGACGCCAUCCUCCAUCUUGCACCGGAAACUGAUGAUUUACGUCACAUUAUUGCUUCCAGCAAGAAUGGACAUAUCUUACGAGUGGAUACUGAACGUGAUGUUGAAGAGCUGUCCGAUCUUCUAUUAAAUCGCCCUCUUCUCAUGCGUGUGACGUUGGUCCAUACCAUGGUAGCCAGCAAAUACAGCGCUGACACCGUGUCGAUAUGGGAAGGUGAUUAUGCUGUGAUCCUCAAUACACGUCACCAGACAAUCAGAGCGCAGCUGCGAAAGGCGCUGAAUGACGCAAUCACCUUCGUGACAACAAGAUGGCGCUUCUGUAUAGAGAUCGACCUCUCAGAUAUCAUAGAGGGUUGGUAUCUACAGACGAUAGAUGUCUACUCCGGAUGUGACGAUUUCCAGACGACAAAAUGUCGGCGCAGCCGGAUAUACGUCACGAAUCACAUGACCUACAACCAUUGCUUUGACUGCUCUCCAAAAUGGUGGCUUUGCUUCAGUCCAUGUUGGUUACUGACUGCGCCCUGCUAUAUCGGCUAUCGUCGCUUGACAUGCAAGGACAUCAGAUUAAAACUCAAUGCUAAGGUAUCCCCCGUUAGGUGCCUUCGGCGGACAAGCAGUACUUCCGAUGAAACAAAAUCCAAAACCUCCACCAUAGUGAACUAUAAGAUGGAGGAUGAUGUUGCGACUACGUCCUCUCUGAAGAGCUACUUCCGGCCUGACGAAUCUACAUCCUAUGGAGCAGUGUGA